AUGAAAUGCCACGAGUACAGUGAAGAGGACGACCGGGCUCCAUCACGCGGCUCGGGUCGUCGUCACGGGGCUCGGGUCAUCGUCACGGGGCUCGGGUCAUCGUCACGGGGCUCGGGUCGUUUCUCGGCGUUGGGAUUUCGUGGAAAAGCGAAGUUUGAUCUUCAGCUCUUCUUGAGCGCUGUGUGGAUGCUGCUGUGCUCUCUGGCGCCCCCUGUGUCCUCGUCUCCUUUGUGCUCGGGGCCCGUUUGUCCCGUGGCGUCGUUGGCGUCUUUGUUCGACCGCGUCAUCCAACACUCGGCACGAAUGCACGCCGUGUCCACGGGCCUGCACCAGCACGCCGAGCAGCAGGUGGCGCCGAGCAGGAACCACAUCGGCCGAGCGAACAGGAACUGUCACACGUCGUCCAUCGUCACGCCCAACGACAAAGAGAACGCCCAACGCAUGACGAGGGAGGAGCUCACAGAGGUGAUCCUGAAGCUCCUGGUGGCCUGGCGUGGGCCCCUGUGGCACCUGGAGCAGAGUCUUCGGCCCCAGAGCCUCUUGAGCUCAGAGCGAGCGGCACAAGUGGGACGCAUGGUCCACGAAGUGCGCUCCGGCGUCCAGAGGGUCGCACAAAAGAUGCAGACGCUGGGGAUGAUGGGGAACUUCGUGAGCGGCCUCUCGUCGCCCGAGUCUUCGUCCGAAAGCUCCGAGUGGCUCCAGCUCCAGAACUCGGACCUGCUGCUCUGCUUCAGGAGAGACGCCAACAAGGUCCAGAACUACCUCAAGAUCCUCAAGUGUCGCACGGCGCCCGAGUACGGCUGCUAG